GUUUUCCCAGCGGCCUAGUGAGGCAGCUGCGCAGAGCUCCGUCUUCAUCUAAGAGCCUCCUAAACCUGACGGCAGGUCCAGGUGGCUGUGAAGUGGACUAUUUAUGGCCUCAGGGGGAGAAGAGGACUAUAGUAAUGGCCUGCGCGGCAGCAACAGAUACAAGAUUAUCUGUGUUUUAGGGAAAGUGCCUGCCCCACCACCCGAGAAGCCCUCGGAGAGCAGAGCCUGGUCUCGGGCCCACCGCGGGGUAAAACCAACCUCGAAGCUGGACGAGAAACCCUCUGGCACAGCAUCAGCAGGUUUGUGCCCAGACCUCUUAGGGCUCUCACCCCAGCCAGGGCAAUCCUCUUGCCCUAUGUAUUUAGGUAGCUCUGGCAGCACAGGUGCAAUGGCAGGCCAGAAGGGCACUAAUGACUUGAAUUCUCUCUCGAGCUUGUUCAGCAGUACUCUGCAGUGCCACCGCUCUGACAGUAUGCAUAAGCCAUACCAGCAACUGGAGUCUUCAGGCUUCCCUUCGAUCCCAUCAGACAAAUGGCCCUUCCCUGUCCCUCAGAGGAGGCCCCCUGUCAUUCUCUCUGAGGAUAUAAACACUUCUUCCACCUUCUUCCCCGUGGCCCCAUCCAUACCACCCCUAACCACAAAUUCAUGCCUUUCACUGGAAGUAAGUGCAAGAAAAUCCUCAAGGAGGACCCUGGACCCUGCCAUCCCGGGAAAGGCUGCACCUUCUCAGCCCUGCAAGCCUACACUGAACACCAAUAUCUUCUUGCGGCCAAACAUCAUUGAAGUGCCUUUGUCUAAGGGCACAAAGGGCUUAAAAGCAGUACCCCCACCCGAGACUCACCAUGUUGUAUUGCAUCAUUUGGGUACUACUAGAAACUAUACACCCCGCAUUCUUGACUAUAACAUGACCACAAGCAUUCGUACUGUCAGAGAUGGUACUAGUGCCCAUAUUACCGUGCCUACCUCGAGCUCCUUCAAUGCAUCCCCCAUCAGUGUUGCCCCUUCCCAGUACAAUUGUGCACAAACACACCCCUGUAGACUGGAUGAUAACUCCAGUUGCCAGGCUCCAGCUAAAGAGCCUCGAUUCACUGAGGCUGUGAGAUUGGCUGCAAAGGACAUUGAAAAAAAGCCACAGCAAGGCUCCCAACUUGGACAAUCUUGUUCUUUAAACUCAAACUUCGGGUGGAGCCUCCUCAACAGGAGUCGGAGGUGGAAACCACCUUUGGUCAGCAAGCAGUUUUCUCAAGGCUAUGCUAGAUUGGACAGGAAGAUCUUCCCUGGAGCAUUGAACACCACAGGGUUGGACAGUAGAGACCGCUGUACCAAAAAGACUAACACUUACCUCCUUGCCUCACAUGCCAACAGGCUCAGCCCCAGGGCUGCCUGUGGGCCGAUAAUUGCUCCAUUACCAGUUGGAGAAGACAAAGCUCCCAUUCCCCCUAUCCGUGCUUCUCCCCUUCCACCAACUGGUGUAGCUGAAGUGGCCACCUGCUCCACUUUCACCCAUCCAGUCCAGCUUGGGAAUGAGAAGCCUGAGGAAUAUGGUGCACUGGGCUCACCUGCUAUUGGUUCGGAUAAUCACUGCCAGCCAGACCAGAUAGAGGCUGACGAUAUGGAAAAACUAGUAGAUGACUUGGAAAUCAGCUCCAGCCCUGAUAAGAGUGAGCAGGAGAAGGAGGAUGAGAGUGACCCGUUAAAUGCUGUCUCCUCCACUGACUCAGAGGCAGUGGUCUCCCAGGGCUGCAGGGAAGUUCCGACCAAAGCCCUUCCCAUUUCUGAGAAAGUUGUCCAACCAGCCCUCACCGCUAGUCUCUUCCCCAAUGUUGCCCCUACCAUCUAUUUUGGUACACAGAAUGAGAGAGUGGAGAAGCUCCCUUGGCAGCAGAGGAAGCUGCUCCAGUGGAAGAUGAGUAUAGUGACUCCCAACAUUGUCAAGCAGAUCGUUGCGCGGUCCCACUUCACAAUCAGCAAGGGAAACGAUGACUGGCUGGGCUGCUGGGGUGGCCACAUGCAAUGUGAUGAGUUCCAAACCAUCCGAAAGUACCAGAAGUAUAACCACUUUCCAGGCUCAUUCCAGAUUGGACGAAAAGAUAAACUGUGUUGCAAUCUGUCUCGGAUGCAGAGCUACUUUGGCAAGAAAGAGUUCAGGUUCUUCCCCAAGUCUUUCAUCCUACCCCAGGAUGCAAAGGUGCUCAAACAGGUCUGGGAGAGUAGUCCCUCCCAAAAUUGGAUUGUGAAGCCACCAGCAUCAGCUCGAGGCAUCGGCAUCAAAGUAAUACACGAGUGGAGUCAGCUCCCCAAGCGCAGGCCCCUCCUGGUACAGAAGUAUCUACAAAACCCCUACCUCAUCAACGGCACAAAGUUUGAUCUGCGGCUCUAUGUUUACAUCACUUCCUAUGAUCCUCUACGAAUUUAUCUUUUCUCAGAUGGACUCGUCCGCUUUGCCACUUGCACAUACUCUACUUCUCUCAAAAGCCUUGGCAACAAGUUCAUUCACCUGACCAACUACAGUAUCAAUAAAAAUAAUACAGCGUACCAAGCCAAUGCAGAUCAAAGGGCCUGCCAGGGCCACAAAUGGUCACUUAGAGCAUUGUGGAAAUACUUGAGUGAGAAAGGAAUCAAGUGCAAUGCGAUCUGGAAGAAGAUAAAGGAUAUUGUUGUGAAAACCAUCAUCUCGUCAGAGAGCUACGUGACUAAAUUACUCAAGAAACAUGUCCGGAAACCCUACAUCUGCCACGAGCUCCUCGGCUUUGAUGUCAUUCUUGAUGAGAACCUGAAACCAUGGGUUUUAGAAGUCAACACUUUGCCAAGCCUGCACACUAGCUCUCCACUGGACGUAGGCAUCAAAGGGCAGAUGAUCCGUGACCUUCUGAACCUGGCAGGGUUUGUUCUACCCACUGCAGAGGACCUUAGUUCCACCUCUUGUACCUCCCGCAGCAUCCCUGCCAGGUUGUCCAGCGCUGCCAAGAACACACGUCCAGUGGAGUCAGAGUGUGAUAUUACACAGAGGCUGAAGAAAGAGUAUUACUUGGCCCAGAAGAUACCGGACCUGAACAUCUAUGCAUCUGUGUUGGACGUCCUGAUGCCAGAUGAUGUUCAGAUUCUUGUGAAGAUGGAGGAUGAGUUUGCUCGUCGUGGUCAAUUUCAGCGAAUUUUUCCAUCUCAUAACUCUUUUUGCUAUCUCCGCUUUUUUGAGCAGCCACGAUAUUUCAACAUUCUUGCCAUUCAGUGGGAACAAAAGUACCACAGCAACAGGGCCAAAGGACUAGAUCUGCUUCGGAGUUGGUGUUAUAAAAAGUUCCACCUGGGGGAUAAUUUUGACUCUGCUCCACCAUGGUCACAACCCACACCAACUCUCAGUGGCCCAAACAAUGACGGCUUGACCAAACCAGGUUCCAGCAAGCCGGAGAAACCAUCUUUGGUAGAGGACAGCGAAGACACCAGCAAAGAGCCCAACCCCACCAUCUAGACACUACUUACCAUCAAGUGCUCUGAGCAGACACUGAGACUUUCUGCCUUCUUUUCCACCUGGUUAACUAGUGACUCCCUCCCAGGCUGCUAUAAACCCAUGACUGGCUACCACCACCUGCCCUGCCCAGGAGCACCAACAUCAUCGACCUGGGAACCAGCCUACAGACCAGCCUGAUGUGCUUGCAUUACAGCGAUGGACAUUUGGAGACUUGGAGGGGUGUGGUGAAGGGGAGAAGUUGAGGAUGUCUCAUACUCUUCUUUCACCUGUUGCCCUGGC